CCACCUCACUACCGUCAUUGACAAGGAUGAGGGACAUGGUGUCCUUAGCAAGGGCCAAGGCUUAAGGACACGUCUCAUUCCCUUCAAAAAAGAGGCUUUGCGAGGAGCUUUGAGCUGUUCUUCCAGUUCCUUGCUAGCCAAGAUAUCAUGGCAAUUGCGCUAGAUCCCCCGCGAUUUUCUGGGUCGCCGGUGCUUUGCUCCUCGCUUGGAUGUGGAUGAUCUUCUCCACAAUUGGAGAUCGCCCAACGCUAGCGCUAUUGACCACGAUUCAAGCUUUCUGGAUUGAAUCGGCCCAGAGAUUCGUGAGAUUCUUCGUGAUUGCCAGAGCUGGAUCACCACCACAUUGGUUUGUUUCUUUCUUCUUUGUAGAAGUUAUGUCCACUCUUGUCAGCUCCUCUUCUUCGUCGUCGUCUUCGUCGGCCAUACACAAGCACAACAAGAUCAGGAGGAUCGUGAGCACCUGGCAACGAUUCGCGCGCAACAAGAAAUCCAUUGCGAGCCUGGACGAUGAGCAAGCCCAUGAUCACCAGAUGAUCAGCCACAAGCUCCCAUACGAGGGGACGUUCGUAGUGUACGUGGGCAAGGAGCGCCGGCGGUAUGUUCUUGGCGAGCACUACCUCCAGAUGCCCCUCUUUCGAUCCCUGCUCGACAAAUCCAAGCCCAAUUCCACCAGCGGCGAGCAGCAAGACGCCGGAGAUUGUGGGCUGUUCGUCCCCUGCGAGAUCGUCAUGUUUGAGCACCUGCUCUGGAUGCUAGACAGCGGCAACGGCAAUUCAAUUGGCGCGGUGGAGGAGCUCGUCGAGUUCUACGCUUAUUAGAUCAUCCCUGGAUCAGUGUGUUAGUGUAGCGCGCCCAGCUCCCAGCGAGGAUGCGAUAGAUCAGAGCUUUCUUGUGAAUUUCAGUCUAGCGCGGAAGAGGAAGAGCCCUAAAUUUCCAUUUUGUUUUCUCA